CCGUGUGUUGCAGGAUGCUGCCCCCUGUCGGAAGGUCUGAGCAUCUGUUCACCAGCGCUGUGAUGGCGAACUAGCCUCAGUCCACACACACACAACAUGCAAACUUAUCUGCUCCUGUCAACGCCACUGAAUCAUGAACCGUCUCAAUAAUGUUCCGGCACACAACCGGAUGCCUGGGAGGGUGCCCAAAGACUUCACGGAAGCUAUGAAACGUAUCCCAGUCAAGGCAGCAGAUAACUCCACCUUCAAGCCUCCAGAGAAGCCUGCGAAGACACGACCGUCCCAGAAGAGAACAGCAAAAUCCUCUGCUUGUAAAUGGAAGUCUUCAUUCAAACCAUUAGGAGGAGAAGAAGAUGAUGACUCUCAGGACUCGAGCACAAGCACUUCAGAAAAUGUUGAACUUUAUAACCCUUAUGAGCCUGACUCGUCAGACUCUGAAGUUCACAACGACUACUCAUCCGAUCAAAACCAGGACCAGGACCAGGACCAGGAUCAGGAUCAGGACAACAACCUAGAACGACUGCGUUUGUCUCCUGCCAGAGGCUGCCUUGACGACCGCCACUGGGAAGCCUCCUACGCUGAGCCAGGGAGCCGACUCUUUGACAGACACGACUUAUCCCCUGAACCCAGACCCAGAGAGAGUCGAGGUCACAGUUCAGGUCGUAGACGAGCUUUAAGCCCACCCACUGAACCACUCGACCGACCGGAGUAUGGCUCCAUAAGAAGACCUGUGGACCACAGGGUCCGCAGCCCUGACAGGAUUGUUCGCAGCCCCUCCACCCAAGAGUUUCCUGCAUCUUAUAGGGGACAGAAGACCAAUGGAGAGGAGAGGAUAAGAGGGCCAGAACACAGGAGAGAGAUUACCAGCACUGUGAGAUUAGCCCCACCCAGGUUACAGCAUAAUUAUAAACAUCAGUUGGGGCUAAUGGAAAAAGGUCUUGACCAUAUCCCGCCUGCCACAGAGAGAACAAGAAACAGAAGCAAAAAUAUGAUAAUAGACAAUAGGAACCCCAUCUCCUGCGAACUUUGCUGUGUUCAGCUGGCCAAUGGACAGGAGCUAGAGGAUCACUUGGACAGCAGAAGCCACUGGGGCACACUGGAGUACAUUCAACAGAAUAAUGAUUACGAUGAUCUUUCUAUAGCUUUCCUGCAGGACGUCAUGUUGUAUAAAAGCGGCCAAUGUAGCCGAGCCAUAGAGGAUAGUGCUCUUCAAGCAAGACUUGCAUUAUCAGCUCUGCAGGUAAACGACCACAUGACAAAGGUGGAAAUGUUCCACUGUGCAGCCUGCAACCUCCUCGUAUCCACAUCUGCAUCCGCGGUGCAGACCCACAUUACCUCUCAGGAACACCUCUCCAACACAAAGGAGUUUAAAGUGCAGCAGAGACGUACUUGCCUUGAAAAAGCUGGAACAAUAAUAAAUGAGCUGAAACCUCAGUUUGAACACUUCAUACAGGGUGACAGCACAUCCGAAUGUUGGGAAUGACCGAGCCCUCAAACGACUGUUUACAGAGAUGCUGUUCGCUUUAGAUGAAGAGAAAUGGACUGGAACCACCUAAACGCUAUAUCCAUCACAGAGCUCAACUCUUUUUGUGCCAUUUGGCAUUAUUUAGAAUAAAGGAAAGCAUCUGGAAUCCAA